AUGUCGUUCCGCAGCGGCGAUUUCUACUCGAAUAUGUCCCGGCUGAAUAUGGGGCCCAGCAUGGACAACGGCAACACCUCCCUACUCCAUAUUGGUGAUAUCAUUUCGCUCUACACAGAAGAUCCACAUGGAGGAAGAGGCUUUCUAUCAACGCUUGGCCUUGUCGACGAUCGGUGCAUCGUUGAAAUCGGAGAGGGACGGCCGGAAAGUCCGCCAAAGAAAUUUCGGGACUGCCUCUUCAAAGUCUGUCCAGUCAAUCGGUACGCAGCCCAGAAGCAGUGCUGGACCGAGCAGAAGCGAUUUCAGGCCGGCGAAAGCCUGUUCGACGCCGAGAUGAUGGACAAGUUAAGGGUGGCCGCCGAAAAGGAGCGCGAGCAGAACGAGCUGGAGCUCCGGAAAACGUUGGGAAACGUGAUCCAAUACGGUACGACCAUUCAGCUUCAACACGUCAAGUCCGACAAGUACCUGACGGUGCAGAAGAACUCGCCGGCCCGGUUGGAGCGGAAUGCAAUGAAGGUCUACCUCGACAAGGCGGGAAAUGAGGGCUCCUGGUUCGUGGUGGAGCCGGCUUACAAGCACUACGUUAUUGGAGACAAUGUAGCAGCCGGAAACAAGAUCUCCCUCAUCCCCUACUCGGCAGUCACCCAAACCCCAACCGGCACUCACGUCAAGCCACAGCUCCAUCUCUCCCAUCAGAGACUUGUUGAUCACGACACAGCGGCCGAGGUGAACUGCCUGAACGAAGUCACCGAGUGGCAGCUGUUCAUGUUCCUGCUCUACAACGAGAACCAGCACGACGUGGUCAAGUCGGGGGAUGUCGUCCGGUUAUUCCACGCCGAUCAACAGACAUUUUUGACGCUGGAUACGGUGGAGGAGAAGGGAGUGGCGAUGGGUGACGUCGUGUUCCUCCGGAUGACAAAUCGACCCUCGGCAGCUGAUGCGACUUCGAGUAGGGCGCUUUGGGAGAUCCAGGUGGUCCAAAAAGAUGCAUUCCGAGGCGGAUCCGCAAAAUGGCGAGAGGCCUACAGGUUCAAGCACUUGGCCACCGACAUGUAUCUCACGGCCGUCCCCCUGACCCAGGCCAAGAAGGAACCAAUGGACCGACGGCAGAGCCUCGCCCAGAGCAGGAAUAAAGAGCAGCUACUGGUGCCGCCGCCGACGGAUAUCACAGAAAACUACAACCCGACGAACCAGUUCGUGCUCGCGCCCGUUCACUCCGAUUUUCCGGAAGCGGACAAAAAUCUGUUGUUCCGUCUGGAGGCCUCAACAAUUACAAAGAACACCGACGUUCCGACCAAGUCUUUUGUCCGGCUCUACCAUCUGGCCUCGCAAACCUACGUCCACUCGACCAACCCCAAUGACAAGGCGAAUCUGUACUUUCAGAGCAAAACUGAGAAAGGCUGGGUGCGCGUCCUGUGCGAGCACCACCGCAUCGACAAGGAGACGUUCGCGCUGCUACCAGUUGCUCCGACAGAGGUCCGGGACCUCGAUUUUGCCAACGACGCGUGCCGGGCGCUGCGAAACUUUGUCGAACACAUCAAGAGCGGCAAGGGCGGAAAGGAGCCGUUAAUUGUAACGAUCCAGCUCCUAACCGAGUGCAUCUUUUUCGUCACCAACCUCGCCAAUCACAUGAUCGACCCGCUGAAGAUCAACGAUUUUAGCCCGAAUCGUGAUCGCCAAAAGUUAUUGCGAGAGCAGGAGGUGUUGGACCAGGUCUUCAAACUCCUCAAAGCCCCAUUCCUGCCCCGCCAGGGCACCACCGAGAUCCCGCCGCUGCUCAAUUCCCCGCAAGAGUUGAACGAGCCCAGAAACGAAGUCUGGAAAACCAUGUUCCAGUUGUGUUACAGCUUAUUACGAUACUCCCAGGUCGGCUACCGCAAGAACCAGGAAUUCCUCGCCGAAAAGUUUGGGCAGAUCCAGGAGCAGAUCGGCUUCGACCUGAUGGCCGAGGACACGAUGACGGCCGUGUUGCACAACAACCCGAAGCUGUUGGAGAAAUACGUGAAAAAGGACCACGUCGAGCGCUUCGUGGAGUUGGUGCGGAACAAUCGCCAGGGAAAGUUCCUUGACUACCUCGCUGACCUUUGUGUCUGCCGAGGGGAGGCGAACAAGAAGAUCCAGGAGUUGAUUUGUAACUCCGUGCUCUCUGAAGCUAAUCGGAACAUCUUCAUGGACACGAUUUUGGACGGCGACGAGGUAUACAUCGAAUGGCAAGAGGUCCGGAAACGGCUUGUCGACAUCGCCAUGGAAGCUUCGCGAUCCGAAGAAGACGCCGAGAUUCUCGACUACUACAGG